UUGUAUCAGCAUCCAUGGCCGGCAUCAUGGAGCCAGGCGAAAACGAUUCAACAAAGUGGAUGCUUCAGAUAGUUGAUAUCGAUAAUAUGGAGGAGGUUCCCAUUAAUGACGGUGAUCAGGUGAGGAGCUCCACCGCAGAAUCUCAAAAUGGGGAGACUUCUCUGAAUGAGAGUGAAAGCAUUGUAAAAAGGAGGAACGAAGCUCAGGGAAAGGUCCCUGGUUUGGGAAGGUCUACGUCCGGAGCUGCAAGAGGGCUUAACAGCUUACGGUUUCUCGAUAGGACAACCACGGGGAAGGAAGGGGAUGCGUGGAAGCCUGUCCAGAAACGCUUCAAGCAACAUGCAGUUGAGGGAAAGCUCUACAAAGAAAAAUUUGGAGUCUGUAUCGGAAUGGGGGAUUCAAAGGAAUUCGCUGGGGAGCUGUUUGAUGCCUUGGCGAGACGCAGAAAGAUUAACACAGAAAAUGGGAUAUCUGAGGAAGAAUUGAGACAGUUUUGGGAAGACAUGACCGAUCGAGACCUUGAUUCCAGACUUCAAAUUUUCUUUGACAUGUGUGACAAGAAUGGUGAUGGAAAACUUUCAGAGGAUGAAGUAAAGGAGGUGAUAAUGUUGAGUGCCUCCACAAACAAGCUAUCAAAUCUUAAGCAACAUGCAGCCGAAUAUGCAGCUUUAAUCAUGGAAGAGCUUGAUCCUGACAAUCAUGGUCACAUAGAGAUGUGGCAACUAGAAACUCUAUUAAGAGGAAUGGUGGGUGGCUCUGAAGAAGGCCCCAAGUUCAACAAGAGAGCCCAAACGCUAUCAAGAACCAUGAUCCCGAAAAAAUACAGGACUCCAGUUAGCAAACAUCUAUCUAAAACCCAAGAAUUUCUCCAGGACAACUGGAAGAGGGUUUGGCUUGUCACAUUAUGGCUCUCCAUAAACUUGACGCUCUUCAUUUGGAAGUUCAAUCAAUACAAGACAAAAAAGGCAUUCAAGAUCAUGGGUUACUGUCUCUGCACUGCCAAGGGUGCUGCUGAGACCCUCAAAUUCAAUAUGGCUCUCAUUCUCAUUCCUGUCUGUAGAAGAACCCUAACUAAGCUCAGAUCAACAUUUCUCAGCGCCUUAAUCCCUUUCGAUGACAACAUAAACUUCCACAAGUUAAUUGCUCUGGCAAUCGCAAUUGGGGUUUUUAUCCAUACCAUAAUGCAUGUAACCUGUGAUUUUCCAAGAUUGAUUUCAUGUCCACCCCGGAAGUUCAGGAGGAUUCUUGGACCUCAGUUCAACUUCAAGCAGCCAACUUAUGGCGACCUGCUGGAAAGUAUUACAGGCACAACUGGGAUUCUCAUGAUUGUUAUGAUGAGUUUCUCCUUCACACUGGCAACUCACUCUUUUAGGAGGAAUGUUAUCAAGCUUCCAUGGCCAUUCCACCAUUUGGCUGGAUUUAAUGCCUUCUGGUAUGCACAUCAUUUGCUGGUCCUCGUCUAUGUUCUCUUGGUCAUCCAUGGCUACUUCCUGAUUCUCAGUAGGAACUGGUACAUGAAGACGACAUGGAUGUACGUCAUGGUCCCUGUACUCUUCUACGCCAGUGAGAGAACACUCACCUCAGUUCAUGAGCACAAUCACCAGGUUGGCAUAAUCAAGGCUACAAUUUACACAGGAAAUGUUCUAGCACUAUACAUGACCAAACCUCCCGGAUUCAAGUACAAGAGUGGAAUGUAUCUAUUUGUCAAGUGUCCAGAUGUAUCAAAUUUUGAAUGGCAUCCCUUCUCUAUCACUUCUGCCCCAGGAAAUGACUACUUGAGCGUCCACAUUCGAACCUUGGGAGACUGGACUACAGAGAUCAAAAACAGAUUUGCAAAGGUUUGCGAACCUCCAUCUGCACAACCGAAAAAGGGGGCUCUAAUGAGAAUGGAAACCAGAGCAGCAACAGAAACCGGCGAUGUACAAGCAGGAUUUCCAAGGAUCAUCAUCAAAGGACCUUAUGGAGCCCCUGCUCAGAACUACAAGAAGUAUGAUAUCCUCUUGCUGAUUGGCCUGGGAAUUGGAGCUACUCCAUUCAUCAGCAUUAUGAAAGACCUCCUUAAUGACAUCAAGCCAAAUGAUUCGGAUUCAUCCUACAGCGACGCGCAUGAGGCAACUAAAAAGGGUCCUGAAAGAGUGUAUUUCUAUUGGGUGACAAGGGAACAAGGCUCCUUUGAAUGGUUUAAAGGUGUCAUGAACGAUGUUGCAGAGUAUGACCAUGGUCAUAUGAUAGAAAUGCACAACUACUUGACCAGCAUGUAUGAAGAAGGAGAUGCACGGUCUGCACUUAUUGCCAUGGUGCAGUCACUGCAGCAUGCCAAGAAUGGAGUUGAUGUCGUCUCAGAAAGCCGGAUCAAGGCGCAUUUUGCAAGACCCAAUUGGAAAAAGGUGUUUAGUCACUUGGCGAGUACUCACCAAUCUGCUAAAAUAGGUGUCUUCUAUUGUGGAAGUCCGACCCUCGCCAAACCACUGAGGCAGCUCUGCAAAGAGUUCAGUCUAAAUUCAUCAACACGAUUUCAUUUUCACAAGGAGAACUUCUAGAGUAGCAGUCCC